GGCGCCAGAGGCGAAGUCCGAUGCAUCAGUCUCAAGUCGGAAUGGGCGAUUACCGUCUGGGUAGAUGAGGACGGGAGUAGAUGUGAAGCAAUGCUUCAACUGUUCAAAGGCUUUGUUCCUCUCGUGAGUCCACUCAAAUGGUACAUCCUUCUUUGUGAGGUCGUUGAGAGGUCAGGCUGUGGUAGCAAAGUCUUCGAUGAAUCUGCGAUAGAAGUUUCCAAAGCUGAGGAAAGACUGUACUUCUUUCAGGUUCUUCGGGGUUGGCCAGGCGGCGAUUCCAUCGACCUUGACCAGGUCCAUGGAUAUGUUAUCCGCGGAAAUGAUAAACCCGAGAUAUUUGACUGUGUCUGUCUCAAAGGUGCAUUUAGAAGGCUUCAGGAACAAGUCGUUGUCCAAAAGUAUUUGCAUGACCUGGGUCAUUACGCGCCUAUGUUCUUCAAUGGUUUUCGUAAAUACCAAGAUGUUAUCCAUGUAGACUGCAAGGACUUGUGCAACAAUGAGGUCAUGGAAGAUGAUGUUCAUCAUAGUUUGAAAGGUGGCGGGUGA